CUAAUUUAUACACAUUCCGCAUAGACCACAGCCUUGGAGAAAACCCUUUUUUCGCUGUCUGACGCUCAAUCCGGGCCAUACAUAAAUCAAAAAUAGUGCCAAUAUCUCCGAUCAGCGCUGUCCAGUUUGGUUCAAAACCAGUAAUCCGUCGUAUAGCAAAACAGAAGAUUGUAAACAAUUUAUUCUUCUUCGGCUUCAACCGUACGAUUGAUGAGAGCCUCUCGGAGCUUAGCUUUCGGUGCCGCUUCGUCUUUGGUUCAAUGACGUAUUCUCCUCUCGCUCGUCCUCACCUCACUCAACCUCUCUUCUCUCUUCCCACCUCUCCUCCUCCUCUAUCUCCUCGGAUUUUCGCAGACUCAACCUCAUCUCGGCUCUUUUUCUCCUAUCUUAUUCCCCAGAUCUUACCCUUCCCUCCCUCGGAUGAUCGUACUCGCAAAUCCGACGAUCAGCUAGCGACCUCAUCUCGCAUCCCGCUCUCCUCCUGUCAUUCUCUCUGUCCAAUACUUUCCCUUUUCGUUCUCUGUUUUUUUGUUCAGAAAAGAUACCAAUCUAUUUCAAAUUCUGUUUAUAUUACCUCUUCAUCUUCGUACCUCUUCUCUGCUUUCGUAUUUCCGGCCGCUUUCUGCGUUUUCUGUUUUCCCGAAUUGCCGUUACCGUCCCAGUCCUCCUCGGCUGUUCGUACUCUUCGUCUCUCUCCAUCUCUCUAUCUUCCCUCUCUCUCUCUCUUUCUCUCUUUCUCUAUGCUUUCUCUCUCGCGCUUCUCUCCACCUCGUCCGUGCGGUUCGGUACUCGUACAUACCCAGCCAUCGCCUUAUACCUCACCUCGCAACCGUACGCUACAUCAUUAUUCCCGACUCGGCUCGUUUACUCUCUCCUAACCACCCCAUAUCCUGCCCGCUCGUAUUCUGCUCUUGUGUACUGCCAUCAUGAUAUCAGUUCACUUUCUGUCCAUAAAUAGCGCCUUG